CUUCGUCAUUCUUUAACGAGAUCUCUCUCUAAUUCUUCAACCUCGACUUGACUCGAUUCGAUUUCGGCUUAGCUAGAGAGACAUCAUGGGGUUCUGGACACUAAUGGAAGGGUUGCUGCUAUUUGCAAACGCACUAGCUAUCCUCAACGAAGAUCGUUUCUUAGCUCCAAAAGGAUGGACACUCGCGGAGCUACACCAAACCGGCAAAAGAAACUCUCUCAAAGGCCAAAUCGUUGGUCUCAUCCACGCCUGCCAGUACAUGAGGCUUCCUCUCAUGCUCUUUAACUUAAUUGUCAUCGUCUUUAAGCUUUUCUCCGGUUAA